GGGUCCGGGGCUCUUUGCGCAGGAAGUCGAGCGACUCCGUGCAGAUCCAAAAUGGAGGAAUGGAGACAGUGCGUACAGUGGCUCAUAGAGUGCGGGGUUCUAGCCCCGACACACCGCGCCACCUGGCCAGAGGCGCAAGUCUUCGACCUGGCCCAGACCCUGAGAGAUGGAGUGUUGCUGUGCCAGCUCCUCAACAACCUGAAGCCCGGAUCUGUGGACCUGAGACAGAUCAACCUUCGGCCUCAGAUGUCGCAGUUCCUUUGUCAGAAGAACAUCAACACAUUUCUGGGUGCGUGCAGGACCAUGUUUGGGAUGGGCCCUGAGGACCUGUUUGAUGCACGUGUCCUCUUCGAGGUCACAGACUUCCUGAAGGUUAUCAAGACCUUGUCCAAGCUGUCCAACACACAUCUUGCAAUCCAAGCAGGAAAACGGCCAUUCCCCAAUGCUAGUAACAGUAGAUAUGAGGAAGAGGAUGAUGAAGAAGACAUCUACAGAAACCUGGAAGACUUGGCCAAUGAGUGUGACCUGGCCGAUGAGGAUGACCUUUAUGACACUGUCCCUGUGGAGGAUGAAGACAUCUAUGGAGACAUUGUUGGAGUGCAACAGCCCAUCCAGAAAUCUCUCUCUGUCCAUGAGAAGAAAAACUAUGUAGUAAAAGAACUGCUGGACACAGAGAAGAACUAUGUGGAAGCUCUGAACAUGAUUGUGCAGCACUUCAUCCUUCCUCUGAGGAACUUCAUCUCACAAGAUGAUGAACAGAUCAUCUUCAUUAACAUACAGGACCUGUUCAACGUCCACAAGGGUUUUCUACAAGACCUAGAGAAGGCCUCACGCCACCAGCGCACCACCAUCAACAUCAGCAAGUGUUUCCUGGACUGGAAGGACAGGAUGCUGAUCUACGGGCAGUACUGCUCGGACAUGCAGUAUGGACAGGACCACGUCGACAGUCUGUGUCAGAGGAACGCUGACGUCAGGGCCAAGAUUGAGACCUGUCAGAUGGCGUGUAAUCAGGGGAAGUUCCGCCUGAGAGACCUGCUGAGUGUGCCCAUGCAGAGGGUGCUCAAGUACCAUCUUCUGCUCAGGGAACUUAUCAAGCACAUUCAGAAAACCCCAAGUGCCUCCAAGGAAGAGAAGGAAGGGCUGGAACAAGCACUAGCAGCUAUGCAGGAUUUAGCACAGUAUGUGAAUGAAGUGAAGAGAGACAAUGAGACAGUAGAGACCAUCAGGAAGGUUCAAGAGAGUAUCACAGACUAUCCCGAGGGGAAGGACCUGUCAGAUUACGGCAGAUUACUGAGAGAUGGAGAGCUGAGAUUCAAGAACCAGAGAGAUAACAAUGUCCAGAAUAGAUACUGUUUCCUGUUUGACAAAGCCAUGGUCCUGUGCAAGCCACUGAGGGGCGACACUUACAGUCUGAAGGAUGUUCUGGAGCUCAGUGACCAGACAAUAGACGAGUGUAAAAAUGCAGUACCUGAGAAAGGCCUGUUUGCCAGAGACAAGUGGAAUCACUACUGGGAGAUGUCAGACAAGAGAGGUGCCUGUGGUUGGACUGUCUAUGUCAAGACUUCUGAGCUGAAGAGAAAAUGGCUGGAGGCAGUCAGCAUGGCACUGGAUAACCUGUGCCCACGACAGCUGACCCAGGGGAAGGGUGCCACUCACCAGUUAGAGAUGUACACAUUCAAGGAACCAACAAGAUGCAGUGUCUGCAGCAAGCUGCUCCGGGGCAUCUUCUAUCAGGGCUAUUUCUGUUCAGUUUGUGGGAUGAUGUGCCACAAAGAAUGCAUAGGGCAUAUGGAUGCCUGCAAGACUGAUGCACCUCUGCCACCACCUAGGGACUUCAACACACCAUCUCCUGUGAGAGUGAGAGCGGGCUUCAGCUCGGGACCAGAACUCCCCCCGAGGAACCUCUCCACCCCCAGGACACCCUCAACACCCAGCCAGCUGGAAAACAGACAUAUGUUAGUGCAGGCAGACAGGGCGUACCACGGGAUCCCCCCACCCCCCAUCGGGGACAGGAAGGCUCUGACGUUCAAUGAUGGAGAGAAGCUGGAAACCACCAACACGACAGACCGAGAGUGGUGGGAGGGUAGAAGACUAAGGGACUUGGAAAGAGGCUGGUUCCCAAAGGACUGUGUGUCAGAACAUCGUCCCGCGAACGUUAGGCGAGCGUCGACAGGGGUUGCGUCAAACCGGGCAUCCAUAGGCUAUGAAGACGCGUAUCCAGGGAACCCGGUUGAACGUAGGAAGUCGGCACCACUUGUGCAACAACUUUCAGUUGCAGAUUUAAAAAAAUAUAAAUGGUACUCUGGCCAGAUGGAACGCGCUGACGCACAGAAGCUGUUGGAGAGCCUGUCCAUGGGGGUGUAUCUGGUCAGGGAGAGCGCUAAUAAGCCAGGACAGUGGGCCAUCAGCCUCAAACACAGACAAGUCAAGCAUAUCAGAGUAAACCAGCAGAACGGCUGUGUCUUCAUUGCAAAAGACAAGAUGUUCCAAAAUAUUGUGGAACUUGUUGAGUAUUACCAGAAGAACACGCUAGGCAGCAGCUUCCCUGGACUGGACAUCACCCUGGCCAUUCCUUACAAGGAGUACAAGAACCCUCAGAACAGGAACUCUAUGCCUCCAGCCAAUGCAGCACCACCAAGAAACAGGAGGCAGUACCACCCCAUCGGCACGGCGGUCGCUAAGUACCAGUUUGCGGCGCGCGACAUGCGGGAGUUGUCUCUACAGGAGGGGGAGAAGGUGACCAUCCUCAGCAAGGCUGGGGGAGACCAGGGCUGGUGGAAGGGACAGACGGCAGAAGGAAAGAUGGGGUACUUUCCAUCAACAUAUGUAGAGGAAGUUGACGAGUGAAGAGUGUUUUUCAGUGCUGGACCAUCUCUGAUCAACUUGUCCAUGUCACGCAGGCAUCAAAAACAUUGUUUCUACCAAUAAGCUGGAGGCCUUUUACUUUUCUAAGCUGCAAUAUGAUUUUAGCACUAGAUACUAGUAGUUUAUGAGUGUAGUUUUGUGGGACUGCUUGUAUCUAUCUUCUCUACUUUAAGGGCAUCUGUUUAUAGCCAGGAUCUGGCAUUCUUGUUUUUCUGUCCUAUAGUUAGCCAUGCAAUUGUCUUAUGAAGAUUAUGCUGUUCCUGUGCCCCAUGUGAAUUUCUAUUAAUGUACGGUCAAGCCGAAUCAAAGUGCUUUUUAUUUUUGCAAUUGUCAUUCUGUUGGUGAAAUAUUCAUUUGUACAUAAAAUCAAUGGUACUAUUAUUAAUCAAAGUGAUGUAAACAUUUCAUUAAAUUGUCUUCCUAACAUGUUUUAAGACAGCAGUAUGUUUGGUGUUUCUAUAUGAUUGUUUUUUCUGGCUGUACAUUCCUGUCAUAUAUUAUCUUAUCCUAUGCUAAAUUGUUCAACUACUUUGUACUUUGUUCGACAAGUGAAGUAACCAUUAGGUAUUGUAUACAUAUACAUGUAUUCAUUAGUUAAAACACCAGGGACUUCUAUACACAACUACAUGUAUAGGAAAAUUGGCGAGGAUGUAUCUACAACAAGCCAGUGGUAGUUAGCAAUGGAGAAACAUAGGGAACAAUGUGAUACAUAAUGGGGACAACAAGGACAGUGAUAAGUGAAAAGAGGGCUACUUUUGAUGCUCAGUUGUAUUAAGUCAUUAGUCCAGAUACUUGCAGGAUGUAACGUUAAUUGUAAAGCUGGUUGAUAUUAUGACCAUAAUGAAUUCUUUAUAUUAUAGUAACUAGAUAUUUUACUGGUGUUGUAAUAUUCUCUGCAAGUCUGUGUAAGCUUACAUGUACAUGUAUGAAAAGGACUUGCUUGGUACUGUAAUUUCAAAAAUUAUGAAUAGCUAAUUGUAUGCAGGCCAUGAAAUUGCUGCUUAUCUUGUGUUUGCCUUAACGAUUAUUGUGCAAAUGGGUAUGGUUUUGUGAAAUUUUGUUGCUUUUUUUUACGACGUAAAAUUGUUAAGUAACGUUACAUGUACUUCAGAAUAGAUAAAGAUAACGUUAUAAUGAUCUCUUUUUAAGGCUAGAUGGAUAAUAGUUAACAGGUGGAUAUAUACAAGAAAAAGUUGAAAAUAGGUAAAAACUAGCAUGGGAGAAAUAUCCUCUUUGCUUAGAGUCAAAGUAGCUUUAUAAGAGAAACAAAAAGAAUGACAAAAAGGGAACAUGGAUUGUAGCGUUGAAGUGCUUUGCCCAAUGUUUGGGCCUUCUUUAUCGGUGUCAGUUGUGGUGUAUGUUUAUAAUUAAAGAUUUUUCCAUGAUGGGACUAUUA